ACCACAACAUCAAGCCUUCCCCCCCUUCCUCUAAUUUCCCUUAUACAUAUAAACAUUAUAUUAUUUCACACUUCCAACUACACAAAAACACAUCACUUAUAUAAGCUUUAAGUACUGCACAUUAUUAUAUAUAUAUACAGAGAAACAAUAAUAUAAAGGUUAAACAUAUUGAUGAGGAAGCCAGGUGAUUGUUCAACCGCCGCCGCCAACAUCCGUCUGAGGAAAGGGCUUUGGUCGCCGGAUGAGGAUGAGAAGCUAAUGAGAUACAUGCUCUCCAAUGGCCAAGGUUGCUGGACUGACAUUGCUCGAAACGCCGGACUCCUCCGCUGCGGAAAGAGCUGCCGUCUCCGAUGGAUUAACUAUCUCCGCCCUGACCUUAAACGUGGAGCUUUCUCUCCCCAAGAAGAGCAACUCAUUCUCCAUUUCCAUUCUCUUCUUGGCAAUAGAUGGUCUCAAAUAGCAGCACGUUUACCUGGACGAACAGAUAACGAAAUAAAGAAUUUCUGGAAUUCAACGUUGAAGAAGAGAAUGAAGAACAAUCGUAGUUACAAUAUUACUCCAUCUCCAAACCUAAGCCACUCAUCCGAACCUAGAAGUAGCAACAACAGCUUUGUAGAGCAGCCAAGUUCAUUCGAACCAUUAUUGUUCUCUACAUUAUCAAACGACAACUACCAAUUAUUCAACACGUUUGAGGAUGGUGGUAGUGGUGGUGGUGUUACGGAACAAGGGUAUUUUGGGGAUUACACUACAACAACAAUAUUAGAGGCUAAGGACUUUUAUGACUAUUCACAUCUUCCUCCACAUGGAAAUAAAGACAUUAUUAUUGAAGAGAUUAAUAAGGUAACAUCCAUGAAUCUACAAGAAAACAACUAUGAAUUAUUCAAUAAUAAUGAUGAAAUGAGUUUUGAGGUGGAGGAUAUUUUUGGAAAUAAUAAUAAUUGUCAAAAUAACCAAUCACUUCAAGAUCAUUUUAAAAUAGGACCUAAUUGGGAUUUUGACCCUUUUAUCCUUGAUUUCCAAAUUGAUUAAUUAACUUUGAAAGAAAGUAUAAACUUUUUUGUUUUUUA